AUGACGGGAGAGCCGAAGUUCUUUCGUGGUAUUAAAAUCAAUCAAUGCAAAGAGGGAGUCCAUGUUCAUCAGACUAAGUAUACAAAGGAGGUUCUGAAGAAGUUAAAGCUUGAUGAUUUCAAGAUCAUACACACUCAUAUGCAUCCAACCUGCAACAUGAGCAAAAAGGAAAACAUCACCAAGUCAGAUCUUAGAGAGAAACACUUAACUUUUGUUAAGAGGAUCUUUAGGUAUAUGAAGGGAACAACCACUCUAGGGUUGCUUUAUAAGAAAUCCCUAGACUAUAAGCUAGUUGGAUUUUGUGGUACUGACAAUGCUGGGGAUAAAAUUGAAAGAAAAUCCACUAGUGAAAGUUGUCAAUUCAUAGGUGAAAACCUAAUAUCUUGGGCUAGUAAAAGACAAGCAACAAUUGCGCUGUCUACAAAAGCAUAA